AUGGACUUCGGCCCUGCACGCCGUGCUACGAGCAGCACCACGGGUGAUACUCAUGAGCCUGCUGCUGACACCAGUGGGGGCAACACCAGCGCAACACCGCACACCAUGGUAGCAUCUGCUGAGGAGAUACCAGCGGACACCGCCAGCAGCACCCCAGUCUGCCUCCCAGACUCAGUCCAUCGCAGAGUACCCGCCUGCCACGAGCCCACAGUCGUCACGGUGUACCAUAGCGACCACAACCACCAGGAGCGCGGGCCUCCCCCACGCCGCCACAAGCGGCAAGCGGCACGGCUUGAGAAGGCGGCAGCUGCGGCGGCAGCGGCGGCGGCAGCAGCGACGGCCAGCCAGCUGGUCAAAGCGAGGACGCUUUCCCCAAGGCUCACAAAGAUUCUUGCCAAGGCCCAGGAGAACUGGCUAAUGACGCGUGCUACUCAGGAGGAAGAUGCUUCACAUCCCCCUUCACAUGCCCCUUCACAUCUCCCUUCACAUGCCCCUUCACAUGCCCCUUCACAUGACCCUCCACAUGCCCCUGCCCCUUCACAUGCCCCUUCAUAUGCUCCUUUACAUGCCCUUUCACAUUCCCCCUCUCAUCCCCCUUCACAUGUCCCUUCACACGCUGCUUCAUAUUCCCCUUCACAUGCCUGCUCACAUGCCCACUCACAUGCUGCUUCACAUGCCACUUCCCAUGCCCCUUCAAAUACCCCUUCACAUUCCCCUUCACAUUCACACGCCACUUCACAUGCCGCAUCACACCCUGAUCCACACGCCCAUCCACAUGCCCCUCUGCAUCCCCAUCUGCAUGCUUCUGAGCACGCCCCCCACCACACCCCUCAGCAGGCCCCUCUGCAUGACCCUCUGAAUGCCCUUCUGCACGUCCCUCUGCAUACCCCUCCGCAUACCCCUCCCCAAACCCCUCCACAUGGCCCACACACCUCGCCGCACGCCCUUCCGCAUGCCACACCACACGCCCUUCCACGCGCCCUUCCGCGUGUGUGCAGCUGGGGUUCCCUCAGCCCGCUUUCCUCGAGAGGCAGCAACGAAGCCGAGCAGAAAUCACAAUCGGCAGGGCAGUAUGUAGCCGCACACACUACAAUGGCGACAGAAGAGCAGGAAUCUGAACACCAGGGGCAGCCAGAUGAGCCACAGCUGCAGGUCGAUUUUUUGCCAGCAGUCGCUACUUUGGGCCUCGCGGGAUGUUGUUGGGGCAGCAGCAGCAGUGCUGGUCUAUUGCUGCAGCACAAGCAGCAGCAACAGCAGCAGGAGCGGCAGCAGCAGCAGCAGCAGCAGCAGCAGCAGCAGGUGCACCACCCUGUAUUUGAUGUGCUCGGUGGAGGCAACAGCAUGAGUGUUCAAGACUUUAUAGAGCACCUCGUCUUCGCUCCAGUAGCCGCGGGCGAGGCCAGGCACAGGCUGAUGCUGCGAGACCGGAGGGAGUGCAAGACGGCGGGAAACGGGGAAACGACACAGCAGAAGAGUGAGGGGCAGGGAAGGACAUCACGCGGCGAGCGGGGAGAAGACAACAACGGGGGGAACUCACAAAUCCGAACCGAGCUGCAGGGGGACGAGACCCCGGCACGAGGGGGUGCUGGCGCCGAGGCCCGCAAUAGGCGGGAACAGGAAAAGGGAGCCCCCGAGGGCCAGGAGGAGCGGAGUCCGCCACAUCCAGCCGAGGCGGGUACGUAUAAGCAUAUGGCCCAGCAUGGGUCGGCGCCGACGAGGGCGGCGCAUGAGGUGGACGAGACGGCUGAGGGGGAGGCGGCGCCGGGCCUGGCCCUGGUGCCGACGACGGGGGAUGCGCCAGUUCGCCUAACGGAGGAGCGUGAUCGGCCUGAGAGGACGGAGCGACAGGGUCAGAAGGACGCGUCCGCGGAGGCAACGCCGGAUCCGGAGCAGGAGGAGGGGGCCGCGACGGAGGGACAGGCGGCGCAGACUGCGCCUGCGCAGCCGGCGCACCCAGUUGAGAUGACGCGGACUGCGACUGAGGUGGAGGGAGUUGCAACGGGUGGGACUGGGCGGCAGGAGCUUGAAGCUGGGGUCGAUGACGAGCCUGGCUGGACAGCGGCGGGCGAGGGGGGCGGCGGCGACGGAAGGAAUGACCGCGCGCGCGGAGAAACGGAUGAGUGCGCCCGUGGGGGGAGCGGUACACAGGCUCCCUUGGUCGAGCAGGCGCCAUCGGGGGCGCAGAGGGCGCGGCGCCAACACCCGCAGUCAGGCAGUCCGCGACGGCUCAGAACAGGGCUGGCACCUGCCCGCCCUGGGCCGCUGGUAGGGUGGGAACAGCAGGAGACCCCGCCGCCACGAUCACUUCACGCCGAGGCGGCCGGCGCCGGCCCGUCAUCAGGUACGGAGUACGCCGCGGGACGGGCCAACGAAGGAGUUGAAAGGGAGGCGGCCGACGCGGAGGAGGGGGCGGUGGUCGUAGAAGAGGAACAAGUGAUCGGGAUUGACAGGCGCCGAGGAGGAACAGCACGGCAGAGGCUGCUGCGAGAGCGCGCGGCGGAGGCGGCGGCGGGAAACCCGCCGGCGGGAACUCGGGGUCGAGCGCCUGUGGCGGGGAGGGGACGCGGCGGACGAGGUGCGCGAGGUCGGGCAGGGCGAGGGGACCUGGCAGCAGCCGUGGCUAGAGAGAAAGCCAGAUCUGGACCUUGGCGGGAAAGGCACGGGAGGCCAGAGCGAGAGCAGGGAGGAGCUCCAAUGAAUGACGACGAGGAAGAUGGGGACGAGGAAUAUAUGGAGGAGGAAUAA